UAAGUAAUUAGUUAUCGAACGCGGAGAGAUAUCGGGUUGUGUGCUGCCGCUGAAUAAUGGAAAUCUGGCUUGAGUUGUUUAGGUAGAACAAUGAUUGCAUUGAUCCUUUACUCCCAGUUGCUACGCUUCCCAACGAAAUAUCCGUAGAUUGCUUUGCAGUGAUAUUCUCGCCGCAGGUGGCCAAAGCCAGGUUGCAAAGAAGAGACAGGUACAUGAUUGUAGUAGUAGUACUUUUGGAAGUACUUGCCGGUAGUACAUGCAUGUAUCCUACUCUUCAUCAGUAUUGAACAGAUGCCGAAUAUAGUUGCGAGAGCAGCUGUUCAGGUAGCUUGUGAUGGAAGCUCUGAGGUAUAUAGCUCUCUCUGUUCUGCUUCUUGUCAUUGAGUUAGAUCCAUCGGGCUCUGAAGAUGCGUGCCGCCACACAACGGUAGUGCCUGGCUAUCGGCCGCUGGUGUCUCGGCUAGUGACGUCGCGUGCACAGGUGAACAAGGGCGUAUCGGUGGAGGCCUGCAGUCGGCUAUGUUGCCAGGAAAGGUGCACCAUGGCGUAUGCUCGCAACGGGACGUGCGUUCGACUGACGUGCACUCCGGCUGACCCGUCACCGCCGUGCACCUACAAGAAAGAUAUUGGCCACGCGAGUGCGGUGCUCAUUUUCCCUGUCCAGUCAGGUGUGCACUCCAUCCCGUGCAACUUUGCAACCGCCAGUGGCUGUGGUCGGAAUGAAGUGUGCUCUGAAUCAGAAUCGUGCGAAUGUGAUGAAGCCUCCCUGAGGUCCGAGGCAGGUGUCUGUACUCGGGCGAAGGAAUCUGGAAGGCGGCUACGCGGCACUGGUGUAGUGACAACGACGGUACCGCCGACGUCAGACUCUGUUGUGUCCAUCCCGCAUACGUCCUUGCCAUCCACUGCGGAUGUCUCUCCCUCAAACACAAUUCAUCGCACCAGUGUGCCGUCGAGUGAAGUAUCUACAGUACAGGAGCAAAAUCAGCAGCAGGUGAAGGAGCCAGAACAGGGACAAAGUAUACCCAUGACCGCUACUGUGAACGUAGCCAGCAAUAAGGUUUCAUCACCAUCUUUGCCCACAUUAGCAUUCACAUCUGCGCCUGAAUCACCACCAUUGUCAGCGUCAACACCAGCGUCUACAAUUGGAGCAUCUGCGCAUGCAACUUCACAAACCAAUGCUGAUACGGUGACCACCAUCCAAACAACUGCAGCCACAACAAUUUCGGCAACUGGUCCAGUUCUAAACUCAACACGUCCUAGUGAAUCCAUUGCACACACGGAACUUCAUUCAUCAGAACCUGUAUCAACAGCACCAACAACAGCACCGCCACGGACAGAGAGCCUUGUACCAGUUGUUCAUCCUGUAGUGACCGCUGGAAAGAAUCGCAGCAUUACCCUGCCCAAGAACACUGUCCAGAUACUUGCUACUAUCUUUCCAGCUCCGGAGCCUGAAGAAGCUGCCAAGUUUGAAUUUGAUUGGACGUUCGUCAGCGGGCCGAGUACUGGUCAAAUUGACAGCCCUCAUUCGAAGGCAGCCAUUUUGUCCGACUUGGUGGUUGGCGUGUACCAUGUUCAUUUGAAGGUGCACGGUCCAGACGGGGCUAUUUACGAAGACGGUCUCAACAUCACCGUCUUCCCCAAGCCACGCGUAAAUCAACCACCAGUGGCCAGUGUCAAUCCAGCAUCUGUCACUGUGCAGUACCCGCUCAGCUCGGUGGUACUGGAUGCCUCGCAGAGUCACGAUGAGUUUGACAAGACGCUCAACUACCACUGGAGGGAGCUCUCCUGGCCCAUCGGCCGGCGUCUGACCGACUACGACGACACGGACAACUCUGUGCUGAAGCUGCACGACCUGAGCGUCGGCGACUAUCAGCUGCAGGUGAUUGUGAGCGACUCGAACGGUGCGGAGGACUCGGCCACUGUCAACAUCACCGUACUGCGAGAGCGCGAUGAUCCGCCCGUUGCUCUAGCCGGUGAGCCCCAGAUCAUCCAGCUACCCACAGACAGUGUGUGGCUGAAUGGCAAUGCCAGUACGGACGACAAGGGCAUCAAGAGCUACAUCUGGAAGAACCUGAAAGGCCCGCUGGGUUACGAUCAGAGUGGUUCGUCAUCGGCUUACCUACAUCUCACCGGUCUACGGGAUGGCGAUUAUGUGUUUCAGCUCACUGUCACCGACACGCACGGUCAAUCCUCGUCCAGCACCGUCUCUUUUGUAGUCAAACCAGCCAAUGACAAACCUCCGCAUGUAGAUGCUGGCAAUGACAUGUCCUCGCCGGCUCGUUCUAUGACACUGGAGGGACAUGCAUGGCUGGAGGAUAAAGGGGACGGCUGCGUGGGUUGUACCUACAGGUGGAUCAAGAAAAGGGCCCCAGUUGGCGAUAAGUCACGCUUGUCUGGCAAUACAACGCUGUUUCCUAAAGUUGACACGAUGAUAGCCGGACAGUACAUCUUCACACUCACUGCUAAGAGCAGCCAGGGCAAGGCGGCAUCAAGCGACAUCACGCUGACCAUUCAGAAUGCGGCUGAUAUCAACAAGGCACCUGUGGCCAAUGCCGGCGGUGAUGUGACCAUUCGCUUGCCCAAUCACAUGGCAAUGCUGGAUGGUAGCGGGUCAAGUGACAGCGACGACGGGAUCAACCGCUGGCUGUGGACCCGCUCCUCGGACAGUCCAGCUGUGGGGGAUGUUGCCAAUGGCUCCGCUCACUCGCCCAUGCUCAAACUGUCCAAUCUGGUGGAAGGCACCUACAGGUUCCAGCUUGAAGUGUUCGACACUUUCCGCAAGAGCAGCAUAUCCACGGCUCGAGUGGUGGUUUUGCCAGCUGCUUUCUCGCUCCACGGUAGCCUCUUCGAGAUCGAACUCAAGGAAGCGGCGUCUGACUUCACAGAGAACGAGAAGGACAUUCUUCUUCAUAAUGUGGCAAAUGCAUUGGGCUAUGGGUCAAGCUCACCUGUUAAGGUGUAUGCAAUUGACUCGCGUCUUGGAAAGGUAACCAUUGUACUGCACAUCGUCGAUGAAAAAGAGGACUGGACCGCUGAAUCUGCCGUCAGUCAGCUGCGCGCGUCCCAGGACUCACUGAACGUGAACGUCAAGAAAUCCUCGGUAACAGUGGAACGCAUCAACACGUUUUACUGCCUGAACAACUGCUCCAACCAUGGCACGUGUGAGCCACUCUCCAAGCAGUGCAUCUGUGACACGCUCUGGUUGCAGAAUCCCUUCAAGGCGCACUUUGGCGACAGGACGCCUAACUGUGACUGGAACCUACUUUACGUUGCUAUAGUAAACAUGGCGAUACUCGUAGCGGCCGUGCUCCUGUGCUACGGUGUGUACCAUGCCUACAGUCGGUGUACUUUGAAUCGGAUCAAGCUGCGUGCCAAAGGGAAGAAAGGCUAUUCCGUUUUGAAGAGGGCUGAGUCGGAGGAGGAUACGUCUCUUGCUAUUUUGUCGCAAGCUCAUAGUCGUGGCCAACUGCAGAAUGACUCAGGCUCAGAAGAUCUACUCUUUGAUACCACGAGUCUUGUAAGGAUGGAUGGAAACUCCAAGACGCGCAAAGCCCACGAAGGAUCAAACGGCAAACUACAGAACCAUAAGGAGACCUAGGGAUGCCCUCACAUGGUUUGCCCACCUGCUUUCAAUUUCCUUGAUUAUAUCUGAGUGUUUUUUUUUGUUUCUCUUUUUUUCUUCCCAAACUGCCAACCAUUUUAGGACUGGUUUUUGACUUCCUUGAGUUUGCCUUGGCCAUGAGAGCUUACUGCAUGAUCUAGUCUUGUCCUAUUAUGUUCCAUUGUCAUUGAGCAGACCAAAAUUGCCCCCAUUCAGCAUUAUCAUGAUAAAACUCUUUGUCUACAGACCUCGAUCACACAUAAAAUAUUUUGCCCAGAAGUUGGCUGUUUAAUUUUCAAAUCAAAAGUGUGCGUCACAUUUCUUUGCCAUUGCAUUUUUUAAACAUUAUUAUACGUCACAUUUCUUUGAUUAUCUGUAGUACAUGUUUAGAUUUUUAGGCUGUUUAGAAGAAUUUGAAACAGCGACCAUCGCACUAUGGAUAAGCAUUACAGCAUUGAACAGAGA